AUGAAGGGAGGGGAGCAAGGAUCUGGAGGCUUCCCCAAACACUCCAUGAAGUUUCUCGAACACUCUAUGAGCUCCUCCACCAUGUCCUCUCGUGGCAAAGGUUUGGACAAGAAAAUAUUCACCUCUAAGAAAAAGAAGGGAAGCACAUCCAAGAGAAGGAGAACUGGUGAUGAGGAGGAGGAUUGGAACCCAAAUCCAAAUGCGGAUGUGGAAGAAGAUGAUGAAGGUGAUGAUGAGGAGAUGGAUGUACAAGAAGAUGCAUAUUUUGGGUACAUUCAUAGUGGCACCAUUUGUAAACACCAAUACAUCAACAUGAGCUAUAUGAUGGAAAAUAAGAACACUUUUGGUUUGGUUGCUAAUUUGCAUGCUAUGGGGCUAUAUGAUUUUCUUAGGCACAAGCCCAACUGGAAUGACAUGAUUGUUAGGCAAUUCUAUGCUACCAUGGAAAUUGACACUAUGAAUGAAAAAAUUGAGUGGAUGACUGGCAAGAGAAGGUAUUCUGCUACCUUUAAUGAGUUUGCUAUAGCAAAUGAGUUAGACAAUGGUUUCUUUGCAAACUCUAUCGAUCUUGACGAGGAAGACCCAUUACCCAUAGAGCAAAGAAGGCCGUUUUAUGAGCCUGAGCGCACUAAGAUACAAUUCAGAAUUGGUGUCCUAAAAGGGUUGAGGCAUCAUCCAGCAGUGAUCAACAAAAUUGUUAGAAUGACGUUCAUGCCAGAAGGAGGAGCCAAAGGUGCAAUUAGGGAUAAGUAUUAG